AUGAAGUUUAUGAAACUUGGAUCUCGCCCUGAUACUUUCUACACUUCAGAAGAUUUAAGAUGUGUUUCGUCUGAAGUCUCCAGUGAUUUCACAAUCCAAGUGUCAGGAACCAAAUAUCUUCUUCACAAGUUUCCACUGCUCUCUAAAUGCUUGAGACUUCAAAGAAUGUGUUCUGAAUCUCCACAAUCAAUCCAACUUCCAGAAUUUCCAGGAGGAGUAGAAGCCUUUGAGCUCUGCGCCAAGUUCUGCUACGGAAUAACAAUAACAAUCAGCGCAUACAACAUAGUAGCAGCGAGAUGUGCAGCAGAGUAUCUGCAAAUGUCAGAGGAAGUUGAGAAAGGUAACUUGGUGUACAAGCUUGAGGUCUUUUUCAACUCCUGCGUCCUUAACGGAUGGAGAGACUCUAUAGUGACACUCCAGACCACAAAGGCUUUCCCUUUAUGGUCUGAAGAUCUUGCUAUCACCAGUAGAUGCAUUGAAGCCAUAGCUUCCAAGGUCUUGUCUCACCCAACCAAAGUGUCUCUCUCACAUAGCCAUUCUAGGCGUGUUAGGGAUGAUGAUGUCUCCUCUAACAGAGCUAGCAGAGGAUGGUGGGCUGAAGAUAUUGCAGAGUUGGGGAUAGAUCUUUAUUGGAGGACAAUGAUUGCUAUUAAAUCCGGUGGCAAAGUACCUUCAAGUCUCAUCGGUGAUGCCCUUCGAGUUUACGCCUCUAAAUGGCUUCCUUCUUUGCAAAGAAACCGGAAAUUAGUCGGUAAGCAAGCGGAUUCUGAUUCAGAUUCGGAUACAGAUUCUUCAUCAAAGCAUAGGUUGUUGUUGGAAUCCAUUAUAAGCUUGCUUCCUGCUGAGAAAGGCGCGGUUUCUUGCAGCUUCUUGCUUAAACUCUUGAAAGCAGGUAACAUCUUGAACGCCUCAGCCUCUUCCAAAAUGGAACUAGCAAGAAGAGUGGCUCUUCAGUUAGAAGAAGCAACGGUUAGCGACUUGUUGAUACCUCCAAUGUCUUACAAAUCCGAAAUGCUGUACGAUGUGGACAUUGUCGCAACUAUCUUGGAACAGUUUAUGGUUCAAGGGCAGAUUAGUCCACCAACGAGCCCUCUAAGAGGCAAAAAGGGAAUGAUGGAUAGAAGAAGAAGAUCUCGUUCCGCGGAGAAUAUUAAUCUUGAGUUUCAAGAGAGUAGGAGAUCUUCCUCUGCUUCUCAUAGCUCAAAGCUUAAAGUGGCUAAGCUUGUUGAUGGAUAUCUUCAACAGAUUGCUAGAGAUGUGAAUCUACCUCUCUCAAAGUUUGUCACUUUAGCUGAGAGUGUCCCUGAAUUCUCAAGACUUGAUCAUGAUGAUCUCUACAGAGCCAUUGACAUAUAUCUCAAGGCUCACAAGAAUCUGAAUAAAUCAGAGAGGAAGAGAGUUUGCAGAGUCUUGGACUGCAAGAAACUGUCAACGGAAGCGUGUAUGCAUGCGGCGCAGAACGAGAUGCUUCCUUUGAGAGUUGUGGUUCAAGUUCUCUUCUAUGAGCAGGCUCGAGCCGCUGCGGCUACGACCACCAACUGUGAAGGCAAAAUGACUGAACUUCCAAGCAACAUCAAAGCACUCCUUGCAGCACACAACAUUGACCCUUCUAAUCUAAACGCAGCUGCUUACAGCACGACUACAAGCAUGGCAGCACCGGAAGAUCAAUGGAGCGUCUCGGGUCUUAAAUCUCCUAAAUCAAAGCUCUCAGGUACCUUGAGAAGCAAGCUAGCUGAAGAUGAAGAGAUAGACGAGAGGUUUAUGAACCAAGACGGUGGAGGAAGAACACCAUCUCGGUUUAAAUCUUUUUGUGCAAUCCCUGGUCGGCCUAAGAAGAUGUUCAGUAAGUUUUUGUCCAUCAACAGAAACCACCCCAACGACAAAAACUGA